AUGAUUUCUGGGAUUAUUGCCUUUUUCCUGCAUUUUGUUGGAUUCGUAGUCAUUUGGAAUAUUGUCAGGUAAUUUGUCAUUUGAUUUUCUAUUCAAAAAAGUGUUAACUUAUUCUAGAUACAUUUUGGAACUAUUACCGGCUUCAGGAAAAUUGACAGAUAAAGCAGUAUUCAUAACUGGAUGUGAUACGGGAUUUGGAAGAGAACUUGCCAAAAAAUGUGUCAAAAAUGGAUUUCUUGUUUUUGCCGGUUGUUUAACCCCAAAAGCUGGUGAAACAUUGAAAAAUGAAGUUGAAAAUAAAGAAAAAAUACAUAUUGUUUCAUUGGAUGUCAGCAAAGAUGAAUCAGUUCAAAAAGCUGCCGAAUAUGUAAAAUCAAAUUUAGGAUCAAUAAAAUUAUGGGGAGUUGUAAACAACGCUGGAAUUUUUUCAUGUUAUGGACCAGAUGAUUGGUGUAAAUUAGCUGAUUAUGAAAAUGCUUUAGAUAUCAAUACACUUGGUGUUAUCAGAGUUACACAUGUGAGUUAUAAAUUUCUCGACAGAACUCAUAAAUAUUAUUACUUUCUAGGCUUUUAAAAAAUUGAUAAAACAAUCAUCGGGUCGUAUUGUGACAGUAACAUCAGUGAAUGGAAGAUUAUCAACUCCAGCAGCUGGUCCUUAUGUUGUUUCUAAAUUUGCAGCUUCUGCAUAUAUGGAUUGUAUUAGACAAGAAUUAUAUAACUUCAAUGUCAAAGUUUCAAUUGUUGAACCAGGAAUAUUCAGAACUCCAUUAUUGGAUAAAACUGCUAUGUUGAAACGAGUUGAUCAUGUUUGGUCAAAUGUUGAUUCAGAAACAAAAGUGGAAUAUGGUGAAAAAUUCAAAAACUAUUGUAAGUUCAAUUCAACUGAUAAGAAAAUCAACUUUUGUGAAAGUUAUUUAUAUGUUGGUAACAUUUUUCAGUUGCAAAUCGAUGGAAUGAGACAUUCCAUAAAUUGAGUACCGACAAAAUUCACUACGUAGUUGACAAUUAUUAUCAUGCUCUAACUGCAAAAUAUCCACGUCAUAGAUAUUAUUGUGGAUGGGAUGCAAUCUUUGGUUAUGUUCCUCUAUCACUUUUACCAACUUGGUUCACUGAUCCAGUUAUUCGACUUCUUGGACAUCAAGAAGUUAUGCCAGCAUGCAUGGAAAAUCAAAAUAAAAAGAGUUUAUGA